AUGUAUGAUAAGGAGGCUGACUUGUUUAGAUUAUCUGUUAGGAAUUUGAAUUCUGGUGCAUUGUGUGGUAAGCCGAAAGCAGAGUGUGUUUCGAAUUUGGCUUGGGCCAAACACGGGCAGGCAUUGCUUUAUGUUGUCACUGAUGAAAACAGGAGGCCAUAUAGGCUACCUAUUUGGUCAAUCAGGAUAUAUUGUAGCGCGAUUGGAUCAACUGAUGAUGAUGUUUUGAUUCUAGAAGAACCGGAUGAGGAAGUUUAUGUUAACAUUCAACACACUAAAGAUUUCCAUUUUGUGACAGUGUAUACCUUCUCCACCAUGUCUUCCAAGUUCCAAGCUAAUCCAUUGUCUGGGGUGAACUUAGUUUGGGAAUGUAAUGGUAUAGCACAUGGCAUACUUGAGCAUCACCAAGGAUUUCUUUAUCUGUUUACGGAUGCUGCUAAAGCAGACCAUUACCCCCAGGCGUUAAUUUACCAUCUGAUUUACUGCAGAAUGUAUUUGGUAGUUAUUUUACGGGAAGGGCAAAACUUUAAACUUUGUUCUGUCACUGUACCUUUGCCUGCUGGGAAGGGGCCAGUGCACCUAAAAGAGCUUCACCCACAAUUCCUGCCUCUUCCAAAAUAUGUUAUGCAAAUUUCACCUGGACCAAAUUAUGAUUACCAUUCACCAGUGAUGCGCUUUACAAUAUCAUCGCCUGUGAACACGAAUUUUGUUGGAACAACUUCCAUAGAAAGCAUCAACGAGGAAGCCAUAAAUUCAAAACCUUUGAAUCUUAUAACCGAUUCCAACUCUGAUGAUGCUCAGUUGUGGAAAGAUCUUUCUGAGUUUUAUGCUUGUGAACAGUAUAAUAAAGAGGAUCUGAACCCUGGAUUGCUUCAUGUCCAUGGAGCUUACCGUGAGCUUCUUGACAAGCGAUGGCGCAGUGAGUUGAAAAGCCUUCUUGAUCAUGGUUGGAUCAUUGCGUAUGCUGAUGUUAGAGGCGGAGGAGGUGGAGGUAAGAAGUGGCACCAUGACGGACGACGUACACAGAAGACUAAUUCCAUCAAAGACUACAUCUCCUGUGCCAAAUUUCUUGUUGACAGAGAGAUUGUCCAUGAAAACAAACUUGCUGGUUGGGGUCAUAGUGCUGGAGGACUCAUGGUUGCUUCAGCCAUCAAUCAAUCCCCAUAUCUAUUUAAGGCUGCAAUUUUGAAGUUUCCAUUUUUAGACGCAACGAACACUCUUCACUCUCCCAUUUUACCGCUUACAGCUGCUGACUAUGAAGAGUUUGGAUACCCUGGGGACAUUGAUGAUUUUCACGCUAUACGUGACUAUUCUCCUUAUGACAAUAUUCAGAAGGAUGUUCUUUUUCCAGCUGUCAUGAUAUCCUCAUCUUUCAAUACACGGUUUGGAGAUUGGGAAUCUGCAAAAUGGAUCUCACUGGUUCGUGAACUUACAAUUUAA